AUGAGUGUCCUACUACUACCGUCUGCUGUUGUUAACCCGACAGGAAACGGAAAAAGGGUCGCUCUGAACCGUACGGGACAAAGGAAACCGGAUGUUUUUACGUUUUUAAACGAAUUAAAGAAUUUAUUACUCUGGAUAAGAGUAAACGUACCGGACAAUUAA